AUACGGUAGUUUCAUUCACACCAACCGACAUACCAUCUGGCGACGAGGCACGUUUAAUUAAACCUACCCGCGUGUGUUUCAAAAAUGAAUCAAAAUCAAUUUUAUCUCGGGAAUUUAAGCCUUUUCGAUUAUAAAAUUAACGAAUGGGAAGUUUUUUACAGUCGGUUGACACAGUUUAUAAAGUUAAACAAUAUUACAAAAGCCAGUCAAAGUGCAGUUUUGUUAACUCAUCUGUCGGAUGAAUCAUACCGUUUGGUUCGGAAUCUUGUGCAUCCGAAUAAGCUCGAAGAUUGUGCCUACAGUGAGCUAGUAGAAGUACUCAAUCGUCAUUUCACACCAAAGAGGUCGACUUUCGCAGACAGGGCGAAAUUCUAUGAAGCAAGCAGAUCGGAUGGUGAGAGCAUCGAAGAGUGGGCGGCGCGCCUGAGGGGCUUAGCCGUGUACUGCGACUUCGGCACGGAGUUAGACACGCUAAUGCGGGACCGUUUCGUUCUGGGAUUCAGGGCAGGACCGGAGCGUGAUAAACUUUUCGAAUGCGAUUCUAAGAGUUUGACGUUCGGACAAGCCGUGGAAGUGGCACAGAAGGCAGCGUGUGCACGGCAAGCGCGCGUCAUCGUCAAGGAGGAGCCUGUAUUUCGCGUCAACGAGCAGCGCAGUGCCAACCCGGGCCAAAGCCAGGCAAGGUCCCGCGGCGGACCUCAGGAAGAUUCACAGCGCUGUAAUGUGUGCGGUCUCCGGUUUCAUAGUGCGGAAAAGUGCAGGUUCCGAAAUCUUAAGUGCAACGUAUGUGGGCUUAAAGGCCAUUUAAAAAAAAUGUGUAAAGCUAAAAAGUCUAAUUUACAUAAUAUUGGUGCGGAAUCUGAUACAUCUCAAGGAAGUGAUUGCAGGGAGUGUGAUCUUUUUAACAUGCGGUAUGUAGACUAUAGUCCUAUUAAAUUGACUGUGAACGUUAAUAACAGAGCAAUGGAAACUCUGCUAUCGGGGUUGGACGGAGUCAGCGUCUGGCUGGAUGAUGUGUGUAUAACCGGGCCAACGAAAGAAAUACAUUUGUCUAGGCUUAAAGAGGUCUUAGGCAAAUUGCAAGAGGCGGGUUUGCGGUUGCAGAAAGAUAAAUGUGUCUUUUUCCAAAAUAGUGUGACCUAUUUAGGUUACGUAAUUGAUAAGAGAGGUCUAAGAACGUGUCCUACUAAAGUGGCGGCAAUACUUGACGCACCCGCGCCGUCUAACGUACUCGGAGUAAAACGUUUUCUAGGGGUAGUGAACUACUACAGGAAUUUCAUUCCGAGUGCGUCAGCAGUGUUGAGCCCACUACACGAGUUAUUGCGCGCGGGCGCAGGGUGGCGGUGGGGCGAGAGGCAGCAGGCGGCUUUCGACAGCGUUAGGGCAUAA